AUGCCGCUCGCGAGCUUCCUGCCGCUUCCUAUGCAUCUCUUCUCGUGCUUGAGCGGGGUCGGUAUCGAACAGGUCGAAGAACUUGCUGCCCACGAAAGUGACGUGGAAGGACGGAGCUUGAAGCACGUGAAGCUUCCACACGGCGGACUCGACAUGUUUGAAGAGAGCUGGAGCUGGAGAAACCUCUUUGAGAGGCUUCACUGCCUCCUGGACAAUGAGCUCGAGCUAGACACGCUCGCCUGGCUUGAAGAUGGGACCCAGUUCAUCGUGGUGCAUACAGGAGAAGAAAAGCUCGCUCAACUACUUAGCCUGCGGGUCUGCUCGGUUCAUAUGACGCUGGAGGCAAUGAACUUCAAGUACCUGGAGGAUUAUCACGGGGGCUUCACCAUCUAUCGUCACGACUGCUUCGUUCGCGGAGACCCGCACAAAAUUGCACAGAUAGAGGGCUGUAAUAGUGCUGAAAUGGAUUUCGCGAUGCCCAACAUCGCCUACGACGCCGAACUGAAGCCACUGGAGGUUCGAUUGAGUAUUUCAGAUCCUCAAGCACAAGCGUGGGAAGUCACCAUCGCACCGAGCGUCCUACCCGAUCGAACCUUCGACGUUUGUGAGGAUUUUCACUUGGAAGAGAACGUCAACUCCUUUGACAGUGGUAUGCAGGAGACAUCGUGGGGAGAGAAGUCCGACGACUCAGGUGCUUGGAGCGAUCACGACAUGAACUCGCCGUUGUGGUGGUCCCAGCGUAGCGACUUCUCCAGCAUCUGCACGGACGACUUGUCCGAUAUGGACACGCUCUCUCAAAUCAGCGCAUUCUACGGAGAACUAACCACGACUUCGAUCAUUGAGGGUGUCUAG